AUGGACCUCUCUCAUCAUCAAUCCAAUUUAUCUCUCAGUUUUUCAUCUUCUCACGCUUCACCGCCUCGCCGUCCACCGAUUCCCGACGACUCGAUUUCGCUUCAUCUCGAAUCGAGUUUUCGCGAUCCAUCACAUCCGGUCCCCACCGUUCCUCUUCAGCUCAUGGAACCGCAGACGGAGAAAGAGAACGGUAGUAUCGAUACCGAUUUGAACGUUAACGAAGAAGAUGAUAGAGAAGUUGAGGAGUUUCGCAUUCUAGGUCAUUCCAUGUGUCUGAAAAGACGAAGGGAUUGUGAUUCUUCUACAGUCAUGGCCAAGAGAGCUUCGGUGGAAAGGGAUCUCGAGUCGCGGAAGCUUGCAGUUCGAUCGUGGGGAGAUCAACCGUUGCAUCUUGCGGAUCCUGACAUAUUCGCGAUAAUGGAGAAGGAGAAAAAUCGUCAAUAUAAAGGUAUUGAAUUGAUAGCUUCUGAGAAUUUCGUGUGUAGGGCUGUGAUGGAAGCGUUAGGAAGUCAUUUGACGAAUAAAUACUCUGAGGGAAUGCCUGGUGCUCGUUACUAUGGUGGAAAUCAGCAUAUAGAUGAAAUUGAAACGCUUUGUUGUGAGCGUGCUUUGAAAGCGUUUAAUCUUGAUCCCAAGUGUUGGGGUGUGAACGUGCAGCCAUAUUCAUGUACCUCUGCUAAUUUUGCUGUGUAUACUGGAUUGUUGUCUCCAGGGGAUAGAAUCAUGGGGUUGGAUACUCCUUCUGGAGGGAAUACUAGUCAUGGAUACUAUACUCCUAAUGGAAAAAAAGUUUCGAGUGCUUCUAUAUUCUUUGAGAGUUUACCUUACAAGAUUAAUCCCCAAUCGGGUUUUAUUGAUUAUGAUAAGCUUGAGGAAAGGGCACUUGAUUUUCGUCCUAAGAUACUUAUUUGUGGUGGAAGUUCUUAUCCUCGAGAAUGGGAUUAUGCUAGGUUUAGACACAUUGCAGAUAAAUGCGGGGCCGUGUUAUUGGGUGACAUUGCUCAGAUUAGUGGGAUAAUUGCAGCUAAGGAGUGUGUGAACCCUUUUGAUUAUUGUGAUGUUGUCACAUCGACAACUCACAAGAGUCUUCGUGGUCCUAGGGGUGGUAUAAUUUUUUAUCGAAAGGGGACAAAACCAAGGAAAAGAGGGAUACUUGUUCAGGGACAUGAAAGUGAUCAAUAUGACUUUGAAGAAAAGAUAAAUUUUGCUGUUUUUCCAUCAUUGCAAGGUGGGCCUCACAACAACCACAUUGCUGCGCUAGCUAUUGCGUUAAAACAAGUGGCCACUCCUGAGUAUAAGGCAUACAUGCAGCAGGUGAAGAAGAAUGCUCAAGCUUUAGCUUGUGCUUUAUUGAGAAGAAAAUGCCGCCUAGUAACUGGGGGUACAGACAAUCAUUUAUUACUUUGGGAUUUAAGGCCCUUAGGAUUGACAGGUAAAAUUUACGAGAAGGUCUGUGAGGCAUGUCAUAUUACUUUGAAUAAAAUUGCUAUUUUUGGUGAUAAUGGAACUAUAAUUCCUGGAGGAGUAAGGAUAGGUACCCCUGCCAUGACUUCAAGAGGGUGUUUGGAGUCCGAUUUUGAGACAAUGGCUGAUUAUCUUUUUAGAGCUGCACAAAUCGCAAUCAUGCUGCAGAGGGAGCAUGGGAAAUUGCAGAAUACUAUUUAUAAGGUACUUGAGAGCAAUAGGGACAUUAUUGAGCUUCGGGCACGGGUUGAAGCUUUUGCAACUCAGUUUGUGUUGCCGGGUUAUGACAUUUGA